AUGGCUGAGUACAAGAUUGAGGUAACAACAGGUGACAUGGAAAAUGCAGGAACAAUGGACCACAUAUAUGUCACUUUAUUUGGAACUGAAGGGCACAGUCAGCAGACUGAGUUGGGCUUCUUGGACAGCGACUUUGCAACUGGGACAGUAACAACCCACACCAUAGAAACCAGUUUUUGCCUGGGGACGCUUCUGCUGGUCAAGGUGGAGAAAGAUCCCCAUUUCAUUCUUCCGGAGGACGAGUGGUACUGCUCCAAAAUAGUGGUGACUACCUCAGACGACGAUGUCAUUCUUUUCCCCUGUUACAGAUGGGUGUCCAGUGGAGAACUGGUGGAGCUGAGAGGAGGGAGAGCCAUGAAGGUUUAUGAGGAGGAACAUCCCCUGUUGAUUGACCACCGCAGGAGAGAGCGGGCACUCAGAAAGAGCCUAUACCAAUGGAAGAUUAUCGAUAAGGGAAUACCUCACUUCACUAGUUUCAAUAAUUCCUCUGAGCUCCCAGGUGAAAUCCGCUUCUCCAAGUCAAAACAACAUGAAAUACAACAUGUAGUCAUGAUGAGUGAUGUUACGCUCAAGCUUAAGAGGCUGAUUGACUCUAGUGAAGACUGGGAAAGCUUUGAAGAAAUGAAAACCAUCUUCUGUUACAAAAAGACAACCAUGUCAGAGUAUGUUGCACAGCACUGGAAGGAAGAUGACUUUUAUGGAUCCCAGUUUUUGAACGGAAUCAACCCCAAUACGAUCAAGCGCUGCUCAGAGCUUCCUCCAAACUUUCUAGUCACAGAGGACAUGGUGGAGCCGUUCCUGGAAGAUAGCUGUCUUCACACGGAAAUGGAGGAUGGCAAUAUAUUUAUCUGUGACAAGGCGAUCAUGGAUGGAAUACCUGCUAGAAACUAUAAUGGUGAACCUCUGGAUGUGACUGCUGGUUUCUGUUUGUUCUACUUGAACCCAGACAACAAACUGAUGCCGAUUGCAAUACAGCUGCAUCAGGAACCUUCUAGGAAGAAUCCCAUCUUUCUGCCCAGUGACCCUGAGCCUGACUGGCUGCUGGCCAAGAUGUUUAUUAAAAAUGCAGAUCUUAUGGAACACCAGGCAGUACAUCACCUCAUGAAAACUCGCUAUCUGGCAGAGGUGUUCGCUGUAGCCACUCUCCGCAACUUCCCUGUGAUUCAUCCCAUUUACAAGCUGCUGAUUCCACACUUCCGCUACACUCUCCCGAUUAAUAUUGAAGGGCGCAAAGUUCUUUUUGGACGUGAAGGAGCUUUAAGAAUGAGCUCACUUGGAUAUGAGGGGCUGACAGAGCUCACGAGAAGGUCUUUCUCUGAGCUGACCUACAGCUCCCUCUGUCUGCCAGAGAACAUCACUGCACGAGGACUGGAGUCCAUCCCCAACUUCUACUACAGAGAUGACGGCCUGAAGCUGUGGAAGAUCAUCAACAGAUUCGUGGAGGAAAUAAUGGAGCACUAUUAUCAUUCAGACUGUGAGGUGCAAGAUGACUCUGAGCUGCAGGAAUGGAUCCAUGACAUAUUCAUGCAUGGCUUCUUAGGAAACACAGACUCAGGGAUUCCACACUGUUUCCAUACUGUCGAGGAAGUGAUCAAGUUCAUCACCAUGGUUAUUUUCACUGUGACAGCUCAACACACUGCUGUCAAUAAUGGACAGUUUGACUACAGCUCCUGGAUGCCCAAUGGCUCGCUCCUGCUGCGCGAACCACCUCCAACCACCAAAGGGGAGGCGUGCAUGGACACAGUAUUGGAGACUCUCCCAAAUAUUGCAGAGACAGCCAGCAUUGCAGGAAUGCUGUGGCUUCUUUCAGAAAAAUACACAGAUGUUGUUCCCUUGGGCUCAUACCCAGAAGAGCGAUUCGAUGAGCAUGACCCUAAGGAGAUGAUUAAGGACUUUCAGCAUGAAUUGUCCCACCUCAGUGAAGACAUUACAUCCAGAAAUUCAAAGCUUAAAGUGCCGUACACCUACCUGAACCCUGCUGAAAUAGAGAACAGUAUCACUAUUUAA